UGUAGGUGUUUCUGGUUGUGCUGCUUGAUCUACACUGCAUUCGCUGCAAGACGUUCUGUAUGCAUGUGACUGCUGUGAAAAUACUGAUAUAGGUUUUUGCAACGCUUAUCUUUUUUUUCUUCGCGUGUUAAAAUAAUCUGUUGUUCCUUCUAAUUUUUGAAUUAUUACAGCAUUCACUAUGGUUUGUGGCGGGUUUGUGUGUUCCAAGAAUGCCCUCUGCGCCCUGAACAUUCUCUACGUUAUGGUGAGUUUGUUGAUGAUUGGGAUUGCUGCUUGGGGAAAGUGGUUCGGCCUUGUUUCCAGCUUCCAGGUCGUGGGCGGAGUUAUCGGAGUCGGGGUAUUCCUCUUCCUUGUGGCAGUAGUCGGAUUGAUUGGUGCCUUGAAGCAUCACCAGGUGUUGCUGUUUUUUUACAUGAUCAUACUCUUCAUGGUGUUUGUUGUGCAGUUUUCAGUAUCCUGUGCUUGUCUUGCACUAAAUAGUGAACAACAGAACCACCUGCUUGAGGUAGGGUGGAACACUUCUGACACCACGCAAAGGGACGUUGAGAACAGUCUAGAUUGCUGUGGGUUUUCCAGUGUUAAUUACAACAAGACUUGCAGUGCUCCUUGCUUCCACAACCUUUCCUGCAAAUCAUGUGCAUCUAAAAUACAAGAGCAUACAGGAGAGGUUCUUAGAUUUGUUGGAGGAAUUGGGCUAUUCUUUAGCUUCUCUGAGAUUUUGGGAGUGUGGCUAACAUACAGGUAUAGGAACCAAAAGGAUCCCCGUGCAAAUCCAAGUGCAUUUCUGUGAUUUAAAAUCAUAAACUGUGCUAAAAAUGUUGCACUAUAUCAUUGUAUCAUGGACUUUUUCUGUAUCUAAAAUACAUUUACUUAAUUAUUGGAUGGUAACAGUUUUCAGGGGGUGGGUUAUCUUUAAAUAAAACUAUUUGUGCAGAGCUGAGACUUGAAAGCUUGGUUUGAUAUACGAUAGCACUCCUGUGAACACACUGCAUUCUACUGUGUGCUUGAGGUCUGAUCUGCUCUCAAGAAUUUUAAUGCACAAUAAGGUUCUUGUGCGAUUUGAACACUGCACUCUUUAACACUUUUGUAAGUGGAUGUUAAGCUGAAAUGCCACACCAAUCAAAUUUGCAUUUUACUGACAAUAUAAAUUUAAUUUACAAAUAUAUUUAUACCUACUUCAACUGGUAUCAACGUUUAAGAUAGGAAUAUUUGAUUUACCUUCUGUUACUUAAAACAGGACAAGUGGCUAAGCACAGUACUUGUUUCUCUGUUUUAUCUAACAAAGGCUAGAUAAAUCCAUUUUUUUCAGUUUUUUGCUUUCUUUCUAAAAGAAGACACGAUAUGUGUUACAUUGAUACAAUAACAUAUUUUGUAUAAUUUUGUGCAAUAAUAACUGCAAAAUUAAAUGCAUAAAUGUAUAUCACAGAGAAACCUUUUUAGAAGCGGGUCCACGUAAAAAAGACAAACAUUUUAUCUGUGUCACUCAUAACUACAACUUUGUAAUAAGUUAACCUACAGUAUAUUAAACCCCAUGUAUAUUAGUUUUAUGAAACUAUGGACAUUUGAUUAUUUAAAGAAACAUAAAUGAUUACCACAUCAUUACAGCAUGAGUGCAAGAAAAUUGAUUGUAUGCUGAGAAUAUAUUGUUGAAAUAUUUUUUAGUUCUGCUACUUCUGUAGAAAUGAAAGCAUAUGGAUAAAAUAAUAAAUGCCUGAUUUAAGUUUAAAAUGAUACUGCAUUUAAUUAAGAGAAAAACAGUUUCAUAUAGUUUAGUUAGAGCUGUAAUGUGCUUAAUAAAUCCUAGCUAUAGAUUUGUUUUUGGUGGGUUGAUAAGAGGUACAUUAAAAUGUGUAUGAAGGUCAAAUAUAAGCGUAGUGGUACCGUGUGCUGUUUUAUCUUUAUUCUCAUAACUGCUGUAUAAAGUAAUGGCCUUCCUUCCCUGCUCAGUAUUUUGUGAAUACCUUUGGAUCUGUAACUGGUGGAUAUGAAACACUUUUCUCAUCCUGUGAAUGAUUAAUUGGUUGAUUGUGUGUUUGCACGAAUAAAACUCCUGUAAGUGGUGUGUGCUGAUAGAAUUGGUGAUUCUGUGAAUUUUGUGGUCAUGCUGUAAUUGAAGAUUUGAAAGUAAAAAUUAUACAAUAAAUAAUUUG